AUUCACUCGAGAUUGAUAUUUCAGAAUACAUGUAUAGCUCAAAGCUCCAUAAGAUGCUAGAUCUACUUUAUAUUUAGUCAAUGAUCGUGUUAACCAACGCCUAUGAAUGACGUUAAAUUGCAUAUGUAUAAUCAACAUUGUGACUUUAAUAUACUUUUCAUAUUUCAUUGUUUUAAGUGAUAAUAUCUCGAAAUGAUUUUUAAAAAGGCAAUCAUAUAUGCUAAUUUAUUACUUUUGUUCACAGUGAUAGGUAUUCAAGCGAUUCGUUGUUAUCAGUGUAGUAGUGAUACUGAUCCUAAAGGCGAAGAUCUGUGUGGAGCAUAUGGAAAAUUUGAUAAAGAGAAAAAUAUCGCCAUCGAAUGUAACAGUGAAGAGUCACACAUGCCUGGUACAUUCUGUGUUAAAAUAACACAUCAAAGUCCUCGUGGGGACGGUAGAUGGCGUCAAGUGAUUCGUCGGUGCUCUUCUGUAGCCAGUACUGGAGUCACAGGUGUUUGUAAUUGGGGAGUUUAUGAAAAUGGUGUGUAUUGGGAAGAAUGCUCCUGUUCUGAAAACAAUUGCAAUACAGCAUCAUCUUUAUCGUCAUUUCCAAUAAUCAUGUUAUUGAGUCUUGCUAUUUCAAUUACCAUAUUCUCUUUGAGAUAAAAGUAUGAAAUAUACUUAUUCAUUUCAAACAAAUCAUUACAAGUAAAAUUUUUAUUGAAGAAUAAAAACUGCCUUUGCCUUAAAACAGUAUAGGUAGAAUAUGUAUUACGAUGAAGUAUUUUAUAUGUAUUUCUAUAAAAUACAUCAUCAUUUUAUUCUACAAAAAAGCAAUUCUGACAGUGUAAUUUAGCAAUAUGAUCAAAAUAUUUUUGAUUUAUUUAUUAAGUUUUCUAUUACAUUUUGAAAUAUUUUAUACAAACUUUAUAUUUAAAGUUAAUGUACUGUUUGUCGCUUUUAUUUCAAUCAAAUCAUCCAAAAUGUUUACCUGAGAUAUUUAAUUAUUAAUGGUAAUUGAAAAACUGUCUGAAGAUUUUUGCAUUUGUCAGAUAAAAUGACUUUAAUUAUGAUGAUUAGUUACAGAUAUAGCAAUAUCAUGAAAAAACAGUGCUAAAAAAUCUGAAAAGCAACACUAUAGUAAAUAAGAGAUAUCCGUCCAUAUUUAUCUCAGAUAUUCGACCAGAAUUAUUUAAAGUAUCCGUCCAUUUUCUAUUAUUUCCAUAAAUUAAUCUGAUUAAAAAUAUCAAAGAUAAAUUUAUCAAAUUAGAAAUAUAUAAUAAUAUAAUAUUUUAUAUUGAAUGUAUUAUAUAAUUUUAUAAAUAAACAAAUAAAUUCUUAUUGUUCGUUAUUUUUGUACUAGAUUCAGCCUAUAAUUUUGUAUAUAAUUUAAUAUAAACAAUGUAAAUAUAAACGAUAAUAUUCAAA